UUUGUGCGUAACGACCCAGUGGAUGGGUGUAUAACGGAGAGACAGUUUGGAGGCAUGCUCCUGUCCUACAGCGGGGUCCAGUCACGCAAACUCAAACAGAGGCAGAAGGGACUCAAAAAGAUGUUCAAAGACGCUCAGGGCAUUACAUUUGAGGAGGUGGAGGAUUUCUUUACUUUCCUGAAUAAUGUGAAUGAUGUGGACACAGCUCUGAGUUUCUACCACAUGGCUGGAGCCUCCAUAGACAAAGCCACGAUGAAGCAGGUAGCUCGUACGGUGGCUGAAGUGGAGCUGUCUGACCAUGUGUGUGACGUCGUGUUCGCUCUGUUCGACUGUGAUGGUAAUGAAGAACUGAGUAAUAAGGAGUUUGUAGCCAUAAUGAAGCAGCGUCUGAUGCGAGGUCUAGAGAAACCUAAAGAUAUGGGCUUCACCCGGUUGGUACGAGCCAUGAUGAAAUGCGCCCAAGACACCGCAUGGGACUUCGCCACUCCCAAACAGAAUUAGAGACCUGUGUGUGUGUGUGUGUGUGUGUGUGUGUGUGUGUGUGUGUGUGUCUGAGAGAGAGUGUGUGUUCGCCACUCCCAAGCAGUAGGGAUGGGAUGUGUGUGUGUUCAUAGACGUGAGAAUGCAAGUGUGUCUGUGUGUGUGUGUGUGUGUGUGUCUGUGUGUC